AUGCCUGCCCAGCUCAAGACUCACCUCCACGCGCUCGCCGAGGCCGUGUCCUCCCACUCCGACCUUCCUAUCUACAAGCUUCCCGCGUACGACAGCGAGGACGUGCUCCGUGCCUGGACCCCGAUCUCCUUCGCGCAGUUCCAGGCGGACGUGAACCACUUUGCCGCCCAUCUCGCGCGCAAGCUCUCCGCGGACGGCGUCCCGUCGCGGUCCGUCGUUGGCCUCUGGUCCAAUGGGAUGUCCUACGUCGACAUCCUCUACAUCUACUCGCUCGCCCGCGCGGGCUUCGUGCCCCAGCUGUUCUCGCUCCGGUUGCCGAACCCGGACGUGAUCUACGAACUCCUCGCAAAGGCGGGCGGGAAGGCGAUGGUGUACGAGCCCGAGCUCGAGCCUAUGCUGGCGACGUGCCCCGUCCCCUCUUACCGCGCGGACGACCUCCGCGACGCCCCAGUCGACCUCGCCUCCCUCCCUCCGCUCUACGAACCCGCGUCCGCGGACGAGAUCGCGAUGAUCUUCCACACGUCCGGCUCGACAUCGGGCCGGCCGAAGCUCCUCCCGUGCGACUACAAGUGGCUCGACGCGAUGGUGCACAAGUCCGCGUGGGUGAGCCCCCCGCUGCGCGCUCCGCAGGACGUGACGGUCGCGAUGGGCAGCAUGUGCCACAUCGGGCAGACGUUCAUGUUCCUCGCGACGUUCCAGCACGGCGGGUGCACGCUCCAGCCGCGCGCCGUCACCUUCUCCUCCGCCGAGCUCGCGCACAUGAUCGCCGUCGGCGGGCUCUCGCGCCUGAACCAGUUCCCCGCGUUCUUCGCGGUGCACGUCCGCGCCGCGCGCGGCGACGACGCGAAGCUGCUCGCCCUCCUCCAGACGCUCGACGAGAUCCUGUACUCGGGCCAGCCGAUGCCGCUCGAGGACGAGGGCUGGGCGUACGCGCAGGACCUCCCCCUCCGCAACCUGUUCGGGAGCACCGAGUGCGGCGCGAUGCUGCUCUCCGUGCGCGGCGGCGGGCGCCCGACGCCCGUGCUCCGCCCCGUCGAAGGCACGCACUACGCCUUCCUCCCCAUCCCGGACGCGCCCGAGCUCGAGGAGGAAGCGGACUCGUCCGAGUCCGGGUACGCGAACGCGAACGCGCAGCUGCUCGAGCUCGUCGUCCUCGCCUCCUCCCCCGACUGCCCGCACGCGUCCAUGCGCGCCGCGGACGGCCACUUCCACACCGGCGACCUCUUCCUCGAGGCCGCGCCCGGCGCGUACGUCUCCCGCGGCCGGAACGACGACUGGAUCAAGACGCAGAACGCGCUCCGGUGCGACACGCGCGCGGUCGAGGACAACGCGCGCGCGCAGUGCGCGGACCUCAUCGCGACGUGCGUCGCCGUCGGCAACGGGCGCCCGAGCCCCGCGCUCUUCGUCGAGGCCGCCGCGGGCGCGCUCGCGCGGUGCCGCGGGGACGAGGCGCGGCUGCGGCGCGAGGUCGUGCGCCGGACGCGCGCGUUCCACCAGACGCGGUACCUGCACGAGCGCAUCGCGGACGCGCGGUUCGUCGUCGUCGUGCCCGAGGGCACGCUGCCGCGCACGGCGACGAAGGGGAACGUGCGGCGGCGGGCGGUGGAGGAGAUGUUCAAGGCGGAGCUCGACGCGAUGUUCGCAUGA